AUGUACAAAGCUUCCAAAGGGAAGAAGGGGAAAGCGGUGCGUGUCUUCCGGAAGCUGUGCCAGGCUGGAAAGCGGCCGUUCGUCUGCGGGCCGGACAGAGUGGUGCGUCUCAGAGCACAGACGGACGAUCCCGAGGUGACGCCUGUCUCUGGUCCGGCGGCUGCCGCGGAUCCUGCCGUUCUUGAGCUGCCGUGUCUGCCGGGUCAGGUGUGGGACGAUCCGGAGCCGCCGUCGUGUGUGCCACAUUCCUCCGGGAUCACCAAGCAAACGCCGGAUCCUAUUCCAGAUUCAUCCGCUCUGAGUCUGUGUCACAAAAAAGCUAAGAAAGGAAGGAAGAGGAGAGCGGUCCGUGCCUUCUUCCGGAGAGCAUGUGAGGCUGUGAAGCAGCUCUUCCCCUGCUGCGACCCGGACCAAGUCCAGCCUCCUAAAGCAGAGCCGGAUCUGGACCAAUCCCAGCUCGUUCCUGAGCUGCUGUUUCUGCCGGAGCAGGACCAGGUCUCUGCAGAUCUCCAGUCGUCUCCUGAGGAAGAAGGUCCCUCUGAGAUCCAGCAAGAGGCCCACGAUGCAGUUCUGCCCGGUUCAGUGUCCGGUUCAGUGUCCGGUUCAGUGUCUGGUUCAGUUCCCGGUUCAGUGCCGUCGAUCGUGUCAGAAAUGGCACCGGACACAGUGUCUCCUGAUCCAGAAAUCGAACGGCCUCAAGGAUCCGUCGUGUCUUUGUUUGAAGUGGGACAUUUGAUCGCAUCAGGGAACUUCAGCAAGGUCUAUGAGGGAACACACAUAUUCAGCGACAAAGUGAAGGUUGCUCUGAAGUGUGUCCCCAAGCGCAGAGCGGACCGCUAUCUUGACAUUCCUGGUCACUCCAAACCCAUGCUUGCUGAAGUGGCUCUGAUGCUCCGGCUGGGAGAAGCUCCCUCGUGCCCCAACAUCAUGGAGCUACACCAGUGA